AUGAAUCUUGUUAGAAAGGCAUUAAUGACUUCAGCAACAGUUCAAAAGACUAAAGAUUAUGACCCAGGGAUUGUUGGCAUGAACUUACAACAAAAAGAGAUGAGACGACGUCGUGAUUGGCUAAAAAAUCCGGUAUUCCUGUCCGGUACAUUGUUAGCAUGGAUAGCCUUGAUGGGAUAUCUGAAACCGCAUAGUGAAAGAGUUUCAUUUGCGGAACACAGAUUUCGGAUCUUCCUUCAAGGAUCUUCAUUUGUUUUCGUGCUUACAUGUGCCACGAUAGCUCGAUACUAUCAACGAACAAAGGAAACGAAUUGA